AUGAAAAAACUUUUCAAUUUUAUUAAGAAUAGAAAAGAUGAUAGUUAGUUCGAUGAAGAGCAGAAGCACGGGGAGGAGGAUAAGUAAUAUGAUGAAGAUUCAACAAAGGACAAGGAUUCCCAUUCAGAUGAGAACAGCCGUGAAGCAAAGCUUGAAGAGAUAAAGAGAAGUUAAUUAGAUAAGAAAAUUAAAAAGUUUUAAAAUGUGCUCUCUCAGAAAAUCAUAGACCUAGAUUAGUUAAAGACGCUUUCUUGGAAUGGGAUCCCCUCUACAAAUGCUAGUUUCCGAUGCGACACUUGGAGACUAUUGCUUGAUUAUUAACCGAACGAUCAAGAAAUCGUUAGUGAGACUAUAAAACGAAAAAGAGAGGAAUACACAGACAUGAUUGAGCACUAUUUUGGGCUAAUAGGUUUUGAUUCGGUGCAAGAAUUACUCUCUAAGAAGGAGAUGUCACAAUAUGAGCAAAAAGCUAUGAAGCAAAUUAAGAUCGAUGUAUAUCGCACAUAACCCGAAUAUAAGAUCUUCGCUACUUCUUAAGUGCAAGUUAUGCUAAUUAGAAUUCUAUUUUCUUGGACCAUGAGGCAUCCAGCCAGUGGAUAUGUAUAGGGUAUAAAUGACUUGGCUGCUCCCUUAAUUCUAGUAUUCUUAACAGAGCAUAUUAAUCAUCCAAAUCAGGAUAACAUUUAUGAAAUAAAUGAAAAAGAAAUUGAAGAAAUUGAUCCAGAGCUACUUAUUUAAGUCGAGGCUGACACAUUCUGGUGCUUAAGUAAACUUGUGGAUGAUAUUUAGGAUAACUACACGGAACUACAGCCUGGUGUUCAUAAGAUCUUAAAUAAAAUGAAGAAACUUAUUGAAUAAAAGGAUGCAGAAGCCUUAGAACAUUUGAACCAGCUAGAUAUAAACUUCAUGGAUUUUGCUUAUAGAUGGGUUAGUUGCUACCUGACUCGUGAAUUUAAUACAAUACAGACCAUUAGAUUAUGGGACACUUAUUUUGCAGAGGAUGAAGGCUUCUCCUAAUUCCAUUGCUACGUUUGCGCAGCAUUGUUCCUUCAAUUUUCGAAAGACCUCAAGAAUUUAGCAUUCUAGGAGGCUAUGCUAUUUUUACAAAAUUUACCAACAUCCAAAUGGAACGAUGAUGAUCUUAAUAUAUUAAUUGCCAAGAGCUAUGAAAUGAAACAACUCUAUCACUAUAACACUCAUUUGUACCAGAACUGA